UGCAGGUAUAACCACCGUCCUCACCAUGUCCACCAUCAUCACCGGCGUGUCCUCCUCCAUGCCUCAGGUGUCAUACGUGAAAGCAGUGGACAUCUACCUGUGGACCAGCUUCCUGUUUGUGUUCCUGUCUGUGAUCGAAUACGCGGCGGUGAACUACUGCACCACUCUGGAGGAGAUGAGGAAGAUGAAGAGGGGGAAGAUCCCGUCCACCUUCAACGCCAGCCAGGCGAUGGCCUUUGACGGCUGUUUCCACGACAACGACAUUGAGCUGACUCCGUUCUCCCGAGUUGCACCCACGCUGACCUCUGACCCCCUCACCACGCCGGACCAAGUCCCCGACGCCCGGCCCACGGAGGGGACCCGCCUCCGCCGGCAGCGGUCCAUCCGCGAGAACGUCAACCUGUUCGUCAGUAACAGCUACAUGAUCGACUCGUACUCGCGGCUGGCGUUCCCGCUCUCCUACCUGCUCUUCAACACCAUCUACUGGAGCCUGUACUCCUGAUCCGCCUCCGCUCGCUCCGAGCACUUCCACAGAGUGGCGUUGAGUCAGAGAGCAUGCUGGGGGAUUCGUCCUCUCCGCCGGGCUCUGAUCACCAGACAAAAGCACUCCAGCUCCUCGGAGCAGGGACUCUUAAUUGUGCACAAUUUCGGCCUCGUGACUGUGCGAGCAGUUUCAGUCCCGAGACGGAAACUAACGGAUCAUUGUACGUUUUUUUAUUUUGUAUUUAUGAAGCUGUACAUGUGACUCUUAUCUUGUGAUGCUCAAAGAUUUCUGAAGGUUAUUUCACUCCUUCGUUACGGGGAAAUACCAAAAAUUAUGUGAAAAACAUCUCUCCCUUUUUGAUGAAUAUGUGAGCCAACCAGCUUCUGUAGAUUUACCGUAAAACUUUGAAAUUCCUUUUAAAUAAUGUAAUUUUAUUUAGACAGUAUGCAUUUUAAAAGGUUUUAGCAAAGCUGGUAUUUUCCGCCGGUGGUCCCUGGGCAGGUAGGUGAAACAAAUUAAUAAAUUAAAAUAAAUUAACGACAAAAUCUGAUCAAAAUUUUACAAACAUCAUUAUUCCCACAUCCCACCUCAUCACGAAAAAUCUUAAAUUUGUGCAAAAUUGCAGCUCUGAAACAAUCAGUCAUUCCCACAUCCUAAAACCAGUUUACCCGCCAACAUUCACAAUUAUGUGCAAAAUAAA